GUUCUCCAGAUUAGAAUCCACCUGCUCUUAACCACUACACCAUGCUGGCUCUCCAAUCUUGGAGAGCUGCUGCCAGUCAGAAUGGAUAAUAUGGGAUUAGACAGGCUGAUUUUGUAUAACACAGUUUCUGUGGCAGUGCUAAUUAAGAUGCUGUGAUCAGGCAUGAUAGGUGCUCAGUAUCAACCGCAUUCCAGAAGGAUUCGAAAGGGUGGUUUGUUUCCUCCCAGAUUCAAAUUCAUACUUUGACUUAAUUGGUAUCUUGUGUAAGAAACGGCAGACGAGUUCUUUUCUUGUAGAAGAUUAAUUAUAAGAACAUAACUGGCGUACAGUAGCGACUCAGCGACUGAUCAACUAAUUUGAAAAGUCCUCGUCACCACAAGUGCCCUGUGUGGCUUUAGGCAAGACACUCUCUCAGCUUUCUGUCUCAUCCUUAAAAAAUGGAGGCAGUACUGACCUACCUUGCAGGAUUGAUUGGAUGGACGAGGGCAAUAUUUUAUGUGAAGUCCUUGGAAUAUAUUUUGAAUUUAAAUUAGCACUUCAGCUAGUUGAAAAUACUUCGGUGGUUGUUUUAAAAAUAUUUUUGAAGACUGUCAUUGAUGAGGCACAGUAAUUAGCUUUUUUAUAAAGAGCAAAGUCAGGAGGGGGUGAUAGACAGGAAGAAGUACCAUUAUAUUGUGUAAUAUUAAACUGGUAGCUUAUUCAUAUAGACAGAGAACUAGUUAUCGGUGUGAUUAAUCUCUGUUGAGUAACCAAAUGUUUCAUCUUAAGUCAUUUUUUCUUUCUUUUCUUUUUUUAACUGAAUCUUUUUCUGCAUUUAUGUUUAGUUUUUUUGAAUGGUACAUGGUAUUAUAAACAUUUGCGUGAAGCAAAGAAGAGGAAAGAUGGCGUCUACAAAACAAAAAAUGAGCAAAAACAAGGACGACGCCCCCUGUGAAUUGGAGAGCCAGUUUAUACUCCGACUGCCACCGGAAUAUGCUUCUACUGUACGGAGGGCAGUCCAGUCUGGAAGCGUCAACCUGAAGGACAGGCUCACCGUUGAGUUGCAUGGGGAUGGGCGCCAUGGGAUUGUGCGCGUCGACCGUGUCCCGUUAGCUGCCAAGCUGGUGGACUUGCCCUGCAUUAUAGAGGGCUUAAAAACCAUUGAUAAGAAAACUUUCUAUAAGACAGCAGAUAUUUGUCAGAUGCUUGUGUGCACUGUGGAUGGUGAGCUGUACCCGCCUUUGGAAGAGCCAGCUACGAGUACAGACCCCAGAGCCAACAAGAAGAAGGACAAAGAUCGGGAGAAGAAGUUCAUCUGGAACCAUGGCAUCACUCUCCCAUUGAAGAAUGUGAGGAAGAGGCGGUUUAGAAAGACAGCCAAGAAGAAGUACAUUGAGUCUCCAGAUGUGGAGAAGGAAGUGAAGCGCCUUCUAAGCACAGAUGCCGAAGCUGUCAGUGUCCGCUGGGAAAUCAUUGCAGAGGAUGAAUCGAAAGAGGCUGACCAUCACGGUUCACUCACAGGCUUGGAUAUUUCUUCCCCUGGGAUGUCUGGACACAAGCAGGGCCAUGGCUCAUCAGAACAUGAUGAACUCCGGGAGAUAUUUAAUGACAUUAGUAGCAGUAGUGAAGACGAAGAUGAGAGGGAUCACCAUGACGAUGAAGACCUAAACAUCAUGGAUACGGAAGAAGAUCUGGAAAGAAGGUUGCAAGGCAAGCUGAAUGAAUCGGAUGGACAGCCACAAGAAAACGAAGGGACCAACCAGAUAGCUCUGGGGAUCCAGAAGCAGAUCGACAACCUGAAAGACAGGCUGCAGGAGACCCAGGAGCGUAGGAAGCGCCAAGAAGAUCUCAUUAUGAGAGUAGAGAACUUGGCCCUCAAGACCCGUCUCCAAGCUGUGCUGGAUGAGUUCAAACAGCAGGAAGAACGUGAGAAGCAGGAGCUGGUCUCUCUUCAGGAGCAGCUGGAAGCCCUUAUGGAAAAGUGAGGCUGAGCCUAAACCCCCUAAUCAGCUCCAGAGGCCGUGUCAUCUGGAGAGUUCCAGAACCUUCCUUUGGAACUUGAACACUGGAAAUUGCCAGUGGGAACUAAUUAUGUUUUGUGACUGACCAACAGGCUCCUGCUGUGGUUUGCCUUCUUCUAAGAGCUAAUUGUUGUCUUCAUGGACACAGACCAAAAAUGUGGACAUCAAGGAAAAUGGGGAUUACCCUUGAGGGAUAGUCUUUGUGUCUACUAUUGAGAGGGGAAGUGUUGUUACAAACAUCCUGGUCUUUAAAAACAUUGAGGGGUGUUUUUUUUUGGUAAUGAAUGAGCUAAAAUUUCACAUUUAAGUUUUCAACAGGUUGCCCUUUGGGAGGAGCAUAAAUUGAGUUGUUUCCUGGAGGAAUGGGUCUAGGAGCUACCCCUGGCACUUCUUCCCCAUAUACACUUUUGCAAAGGAGGAUGUGUGGUUUCAUUCCAAUCUUACAUUAAUAUAAUUCCAUAUCCAUCCACACAAAAUAAAAGUGACUCAAGUUGCAUGUGUAUACACUCUUCAGUGUGUUUUUUGAACACCUCCAUUAUCAACACUAUUGCAGAGCAAUAAGAGCAACUCGGCUCUUUAACACAGCUCAUAUCUGAAAGCUCCUACCUUCGUCUCUUAAGGUCUCAGAUCCAGCUGUUCUACUGCAGACCACUGUGGCUACCCGCUGAAACUACCUUCAGCUCUUAAGAUACGCUUUCUUGACCUCAUACAAUUUCAAAGGCUGAGGGGCGAAAUGGCUUUUUCAUUUGCCAUAAUCUCUUCUUCCUUUGUAUUGUACUGUACUCUUUAACCACUAACCAAAAGGCCUUAUAAAAGAAAUGCUGAAUGGUGUUUGUGGCCACAGUCUCAAUUACCAUGUAAAAUAAUGCAUGUACAAAUUAUUGGGACAUCUGUUCCGUCUGUUCUUAGAAGUGUUAGGUUGUGUGCUUUUAAAAAAAUGUUCUUUAAAAAAAGAUGCAUUCUGUUCUCUUAAGUGUACUUUAGAUAUCAUCCAUUUUAUUAUUUAUAAAAGCAUCAAACUUUCAAGAAACAGCUGUUGAGGUUGUACAGACUUGGGAGAGGUAAGCUCUCAUGCUGAAGGAAGAUAUAAUAUUUAAAGUCUCUCAGUUUAUGUGAUGUAUAUGUUGCCUGUUUUGGAAAUGUUGGAUUUUUCUCAGUAUGACAUUAAAACUGUAUGUGUAAGUGAAUCAGAA